AUGGUGUUAUGUGAAACCAUUGUUGAUUUCAAAAACUUGAAGGAAAACGGUUUUGAUUUCACUGAAACUUUGGAUAUUCAAGGAUGGAAAACCUUCUUCGAGAGACUCACAUACCCGGUUUACCCUGUGUUAGUGAAGCAAUUUUGGGUUCAUACAACUGUUGAGAAGGAAACUAUUACUUCCUAUGUUAUGAAUAGGAAAAUAGUUAUUACUGAGAAGUCUAUAGCUGAUACGAUUUCUCAUGAUGGCAAAGGGAAAAGGAUUCACAAUGCUAAGAUCACUUCUAAGAGAGAAGCUAUCAUUUCUCCAAUCAUCUUCAAGGAGGAAACUAAUUUUUUUGAUGAAAAAUCUCAUAGCGCUAAGGACUUAACAAGGAACCUAAGAGUUUGGUUUAAGAUUAUUUUGGGUUGUAUUCACCACAGGCCAAGUACAAAUAGUUCUAACUACAGCAACACGCGUCAGAAAUUCAUGUUAUUCUAUCUGGAAAAGGGUGUCAAGCUGGGACUUCCUUUAAUUUUGUUUAAGUUCAUGAGGGAUUCUAUCAGAGAAUCCAGAACUGCUGGCUCUUCCAAGAAGACAAAGAUAAAAUCCAUUCCCAAUGGCAGAUUAAUUUCUGAUAUUCUUAUGGGAAGUGGUUUGACAAAAGAGCUGGUGAAGGAUGCUGGAAAAGUCUUUUGGGGGAAGAAUCUGAAGAGUAUGGGUAUCAUCUCCAGAAUUCAAAGGCCAGAUUUCAUUAUGUCUAAGGAUGAUAUCUAUGGUACAAGGAAUCCAAUUGAUGACUACCCAAUCUUCACCAAAACUGAUCCUCCACGGGUUCUUAUGGCUUAUUUGGAAAGUUGUCUGAAGGAUGGACUUGAGCCAUUGGUGGAUCCUUUUAAUCUUCUAGAGACUUGCCAUGAUGUUCAUGGGAAGAGAAAGAAGGAAUUCAGAGAUGAAGGGUCUUCUAGUGCUCAAAAGAAUAAGAAGAUUUUCUUUCAGGAUGAAGAUGAGGUGCCUCUAAGUGCGCGCCAGAAGGCAAUGAUUCUAAAGGAUACUUCUGGAAUAGUCCAGUCUUCUUCAAGAGCUUCUGAUAUAACAUCUGGUAAGCUUCCUUCUGAUAACACUCAUUUUAAUUCUGAUUCAAUUUCUUCUGAAAGGAUCUUACUAAUCCCUCCUCCAUCUCAAUCCGCUGUUUCUAAACCAAUCCCACUUCCACCAUCAGAAUCAACUUUUAUCAAUCCUAUCGUAGAAAAUCCCAUCAUAGAAACUCCUAUUAUAGAAAUGCAUAUCACAGAAACUCCUUUAGUUUCUGCUCCUUUGUUAGAAAAACAACAUAUUUCACCAACAUCAUCUCCUCCACAGUUAUAA